AUGCCUUCCCUUGUUCGAAAGCUGCUCAUUUUCGCAGCAGUGGAUGGCCUGAUCCUGCAACCCUCCCCGCCCCGCAACCAUCCGCCCACAACACAACAGGCUAUCAAAGUCGACUACAAGGGCAACGUCGGGCCGCUACUAAAGGACAGACGCGAGGAAGAUACUGCGCCUAUAUCUGUCGAGGCACAUGGCAUAAUUGGGCUUCUCAAAAUCGCGACAUCGCAAUUCCUAAUCUCUAUAUCCGACCGUGAACAGGUCGCGCAAAUACGCGGAAAGCCCGUUUACAAAAUUACCGAUGUUGCACUUAUUCCGCUCUCUUCCCAAGCCGAUGCCGACAAGGCCAUUGCAGCCACUCGUGACCACCUGAGACGUCGCAACAAGUCCCCAGGUGCUGAGGAUGGAGAUACCGAGAGCGAGGGCGACGAAGAUGCGCCCAGUGUGACCGACUCGGUCGUCGGGGAUCUACCUCCAGCAUCGAAUGAAGUCACAGACCCAGUUACUGGACGAAAAAGUAGUCCUUCACAAAAGACCAGCGUUGCAGAAGAUGUCAUACAACGGAAAGGUGUAUAUGGGAGAUUUGCUGACAAGUGGUUCUCUCGGAAGGGUUGGAGUGCAGACAACAGGCGUCUUCAAGGAUUCACCUCAGAAGAAAAUCUGGCCGCCAGGUAUGCACGGCAGGAUGCCGAUCCAGCCGUACCGAAGGAGCAACAAGGACCUGAGGGCGAAUCCAAACCGGAUGCGAUUCCGACCGAGGAUGAAAAUAUACCCCAAGAAAUCAGCCCUACAGCAAUACCGAAAGCACUGGGCGGCAAGAAGGACGCAGCAACAAUAGCAUUGUUACCCAAGAUCUUGCAGACGACGAAGAUGUACUUUGCAUCGGGUAACUUUUUCUAUUCAUACGACUAUGACAUUUCAAAUGGCAUCGGCCAGCAGCAGCCAAGCUCUAGCGUGCCACUUUUCAAACAGUUUGAUCCUCUGUUUUUCUGGAACCAGAAUAUUGUAUCCCCUUUUAUUGAGGCUGGCCAGCACUCCUUUGUGCUGCCAAUCAUACAAGGCUUCGUUGGACAGAGGCCUUUUACUCUCAAGACUACAGAUUCACAGUCCGGUAGUCUUGUGGUUGAUCCAAGUGCAACACCAGAUGACAUACAAUUGCAGCCUUGGCUAGAGAAGCAAAAGCAGGAGACACAGCAAGCAGAGAACGAGAACACCGAGAUCCACUCAGAGCAAGACUCUUUGGCACAAGGCAAAGACUUUUUGUUAACACUCAUCUCACGUCGAUCGACUAAGCGAGCUGGACUUCGCUACUUACGGCGUGGCACAGACGACGAGGGUUGCACUGCGAACAGCGUCGAGACUGAGCAGAUACUCUCGACUCCAACUUUUGACACGACUCAGGAUAAGAUAUUUUCUUUUACGCAAUUCCGUGGAUCUAUACCAUUGUUCUUUUCUCAAUCGCCAUAUAGUCUUAAGCCUCAAGUUACUACCUGGGGCUCUUUUGAGACGAAUGCACUUGCCUUCAAACGGCACUUUCUUGACCUGUCGUCGCGGUACGGAGAUAUAUACUGUGACUCAUUGAUCGAUAAGCACGGCACAGAGGCAAAGAUUGGUGAGCUGUAUGAGCAGCAUGCAAAGGCACUGAAUGAGAACGGGGGUAUCGACGGAAAAGGCAAACAGCUAGGAUUUGAGUGGUUUGACUUUCAUAAUGUCUGCCGUGGAAUGAGGUUUGAAAAUGUUUCGAGGCUGAUGGACUCGAUUGAGCCCUUCAUGAAAUCGUCAGGUUGGGUUGAGAUUGCGGAUGAUCAAGUACAGCAAAAACAGACUGGCAUUUUGCGAACGAACUGCAUGGACUGUCUGGACCGCACUAAUGUGGUUCAGUCAGCUUGUGCUAGGACUGCUCUGGAGUCGCAAUUGUCCUUGGGUAACUACCACAUCGAUCUCCAGCACGACCCUAGUACUUCGUGGUUCAAUACCCUGUGGGCGGACAAUGGCGAUGCCAUCUCGAGACAAUAUGCCGGCACAGCUGCACUCAAGGGCGACUUUACACGAACGCGUAAACGACAGAUUACAGGUGCUCUGACUGAUUUUGGGCUAACCCUGACUCGCUAUUACAACAACAUUGUCAAUGACUACUUUGCCCAAGCACUCAUCGACUAUCUUCUUGGUCGCGCGACCGACACCAUCUUCUCCGAGUUUGAAGCGGACAUGAAGAGUUCAGACCAUUUUGUUGAUCUGCGCAGAGUUCGACAGCAAGCCAUAGAACGCUCAGCAGGCAUCGUCAUUGAAGACCAUGACGAGGACUUGGUCCAGGGCUGGACGCUUAGUGUACCCACUGCCGCAAACCAAGUCAAAACAACGACGUUUGAAGAGGCAAUUCUCCUGCUCACAGAAAAGGCACUAUACUUUUGCCGUCUAGACUGGGGUACCGAAAAGGUACGAGAGUUUGAACGCAUCCCACUUGAAAACGUGCAGGGCCUCAUGCGCGGUGUUUACAUUACGUCAACCCUAGCACACCGGCACAUGGAUACGGACAAGAAUGUGGGACUCAUCAUUCGGUACCGACCUAACAGCCGCGGCAAACUAGUACGCAGAAACACCAGAGUGCUGGAUUCGGAGCCUGGCGACGAUUCGGCCAAGGAUGAGGCUCAGAAAGCUCCGAAGCAAGAUGAUACCAGCGGUCGGUUCCUCGCUUUCAAAGCGUUACCAGCGCAUAGCAGUGUUCCUGUGGUAUCUGAUGAUGCAGUCGAAGAUGAGAAUGAGAUUGUCAAGUCGGUCUGCGAUGAGAUUGCGCGGGUCGCUAAUGGCGUGCGCAGAGGAGAGGGUGAAGGAGAUCGAAAAGUGGAGAUUGAAGAGAAGGAUAUCAUCAGCCUUGAGGAUGCGAAGAAGAGUACCGGGUACCUGGAACAGUUUGAGUACUCGUUGAAGAAACUUGUUUGGGGGUAA